UGAGGACGCGGCGCGUUUGUCGUCCACACUAGUCCAUUCCGCGCCGGCAGAGACGCUUCGGCGAAGCGAGCAGUGACACCCCCGCCACCCCGCUCCCCAGCCACCCCAGCCACCCCAACCACCCCCAGCACGCCGACCAUGGCGACACAGGUGGCGCGCCUCGCCGCGAUGCACUCGUCCAGGACCAUGUCCAGGACCAUGUCCAGGACGGUGCGGGCCGUGGCCGCCCAGGGCACCUUGCUGGCCAGCCAGUGGCCGCCGCACCAGAGCAGCGUCCUCCGCCCCGUCUCGACGUCGAGCGCACUGGCCAACGCAGACGACGCGGCGGCCGCGGACAAGAGGACCUUCGAGAUCGUACGGCUGGUCCAGAAGGACAAGCCCAAAGUGCUCGAGUUCCUGCGCAAGUUCUUCUACCAUGACGAGCCCCUCAACACGGCGAUCGGACUCCGGCCGGACGUGCGCUGCCCGACGCUGGAGGAGUUCUCGCUGAGCACCUUCGACGAGGGCAUCUCCGUGGGCGCCGUGGCGGGCGACGGCAGCCUGGUGGGCGUCUGCAUCAACGCCACCCUGACGCGCGAGGAGGACGAGGAGAACCGCCGCGAGUGCGAGGAGGGCGCCGACGACGUGCCGGAGGACGUGAAGGCCCUGGAGGACCCGGACGCCAAGUUCGCGCAGAUCAAGCGCAUGCUGUCGCACGCCACGGCCCAGGGCGACGUGUUCGGCCACGGCCCGCCCGGCCUCGACCGCCUCUUCGACAUCUUCAUCCUGUCCGUGGACAGCUCCUGGAGGGGCAAGGGCAUCGCCACCAAGCUGCUGGACGAGAGCAGGGAGAUCGCCCAGGCCGACGGACACCGCCUGAUACGCAUCGUGUGCUCGUCCUUCGUGUCGGCCCUCAUCGCCUCGCGGAUGGGCUACCGCUGCAUCGCCAAGCUGGACUACAAGACGGUCCUCGACCGCAAGGGCCAGCGAAUCUUCCCCACCGAGCCGCCCCACGACGCCGUCACCACCUACGUCCUGGACAUUUGAGCGUGUGUGUGUGUGUGUGUGUGUGUGUGUGUGUGUGUGUGUGUGAGUGUGAGUGUGCGACUCGAUCUCCGCCCGGUGACAUGGGCAUGACAUUUAUUGUUGUUGUUAUUGUUUUGUGUAAGUCUGUACGUUCGUCUACGUCUAGUCCGCCGCGCACAUUCGUCGCGGUCCUAGGAGAGACAGGGUAAACUGUAAAGUCGCUGGAUAGUCAAUUGUCACAGUGUGUGAAAGUACAAGUGUGAAAAAAUCAUGACGCCCUGUAUCAUGUGUACAUAUGCAUUUACUUCCGUUCGUGGUGUUCACCGCGCUGCGUCGCGGACUCCAUUGUAAAUACGUUGUAUGGUUGUGAAUCAUUAAACUAACCGAAUGUUCCUACAAGUGUA